ACACCGCUAUCGCAGAAUAUUCCAAGGGACCUGCACACUGUGAUAGGAUCAUUCGAGCUAGAGCCUCGCACUCAAUCCUACAUCUGUUGUCCAGCAUGCUUUGCUUUAUAUGAUAUGUCCCCUCUCCCCCUCUUUUGUAUGCAUCAACCAACUCCUAUGAGCCAGCCAUGCCACACAAAGCUCUGGAAAAUGUGUAUCAUCUGUGGAAAUCAAGUCCAACAUCCAAUCCGUACAUAUCUGCACUAA